UGAGUUCAAAAUAAUUCCUGGUGGGCUACUAAGGGAGUUACUAUGUAAUGAUUUUUGUCCUUUGUGGGGGAUUUUCAAAGAGUUGCUAUUUAUUUUCAAAUGAUUUAUUUUCCCAUGAUUUGUACUUUCCCCUUUGUUGUUGUAGUUGAACAGUUAGUAAAAUUAAACCCAAAAGCUAAUAACUUGAGAGUUAUUAAGUGAUCUUGAUUGAAGUGGUGGUAUUCCUAAAUCCCAAUGAGAGGUUGGGAGCAUUAAUAUUCUGCAUGCAUAUUGAGUUUUAGAUCUAUGGAGGGUCACAAGAUUUUCCCCCUAAAUUUAUUAAUGUCGGUACCGUCCGAAACUUAUACUCCCGUCUUGUUUUUGAUACAUCAACAAUAGUGAAAUGCCGCCUAACACAAGAAGCAUAACAAAUGAAUACACAUAUAAAUGCAACCAUGAAACUUUUAAAAUUUUACUUUUGGAGAGUGUGAUAUUUUUGACAAAGAGAUUUGUGACACUUGGUACAGCUAGAAGAGUAUAACAGUUAUGUUUUUUUUUCCUUUGGAAUUAACGUCAAAGAACAUUAUGGAUUUAUAUCUUAGCAACACCAAUCAGUGUGAUUCCUCUUGUUCACAUGAUUUUUGUCGUCUCAUAUAAUAACGUAACAGUGAAACUUAUAAUUAUAGUUUUUUUUUUGAUAAAGGUCUUUGAAGUGCGAGAGGUUUACAAACUCACGGGAGAAUUGCAGAUUCCUGUCUCUGCCAAAAUAUCAAAGGUAACUGUCGUUUUGCUUACAAACAAGCUUAUUUAUUGUCCCUACACAACAGAAUCUGUUUUUCUUUCAAAUAUAACUUCAAAUUUUCUGGGGGGGUGUAGGUUUGUUGUCUCUCAAGUUAGUGGGUUUGGAUCUGUGGAAGAGUAUUGUGGUAAGUUGUUAGUAGUGAAGUUCAGCUAUAAGCUUUUACCACUUUGGUUCUGGUUGUUGAAUAUUUAAAAGAAAAGCUGUAUGACAAUUGAUACCUUCAAUUACAACACAAGAUGCAGAGGUCUACUGAGAACAAGCUCUGCAAGUAAGAAGAUGGAGGAAGAAGAGAAGGAAGGCCUGAGAACCGUGGAGUGUCUAAGAGGGAGACUACUUGCUGAGAGGCAAGUUUCAAGGUCUGCUAAAGAAGAAGCAGAGCUCAUUACCAAAAAGAUGGAGGAGCUGGAGGAACAUCUGAAAGAAGAGAUCAGAUUAAGGGAGAAAGCUGAGAAGCGACUAAAGUAUCUGAUGAGAAAGCUUGAAUCCAUAAAAGGGUCCCGCAGUUCUGAGAGUUCAUCUGAAGCUUCUUGUUUGUCAUCUGUUUCCACUUCAGCGUCCAAGGAAGAAGAAGGAGAAGAAGAAAAAGAAACCCAUGAAAAUGAAAAUGUGAAGGAGGAUAAAAGUGAUCAAGCAACUGAAAAUGUUGAUUCCGUGGAGAAAAAGCCAAGUUCAACGCUCAAAGAUGGGUCCUCUGGUGAAGCAAGUGUUGUUGAUUCAACCUCAAGUCAUGAAGGAGAAUCACAGGCUGGUGAAGACUUUUUAAACUGGUCAGAUACAGUUUAAGCGUUCAAGAAUCAAGAGAUACAUUUCUCAUCCCCUAAACAACCUUGAUUCAAAUUUCAGAACAGUUUCUCCCUGAAGCUACAGCUACUAAUAAUACUAUAUAGUAUAAUAUUUUGUGGAAUCUUGAUGGAUUAAGGCAUGAAACUGAAGAAGGUAGAGAGGAAAAAUGGAGAAAAAGAGAAAGGAAGGAGAAGGGGCAUGUGACCAUGAAGGGAUUAAUUGGGGUUUAGGGACACAUUUGAGUUGGGCAGUAGUAUUAAAUUCAAAGUGUUAGUAGAUAUAGUGAGGACGACACACGUCUGUCUCUUUCUUGUGUUUUAUUUUUGUUAUCAAAGAAUGAAAGUGACGUGUCUUGGAAACUAGUCAUGUUACCGCAUAAAUUAUACCAUUCAUUACAAUUCAGAGAUUGGCUUGUGUUCUUUUUUUUUUUUUUUUUUUUCUUUUUUCAUUUCUACUGAACUAGUCGUCUAA